AUGGCUCUCCAGCCAUACGCACCUUUCGGUGCGAUGGCCGUACAAAACUCCGCGGGGGUACCGGACGUGUACGUGCCAAAUCUUGCAGCGGACGAGCAGGAUGAGACAGCCAACCGCAUUGCGCGUCUCGGGCCCACGAGUGUGAAACGCGUCGCGCUUGGCCUGUACCACACUCUCGUUGUCGGCCUCAAAGGCGACCAGCCGCAGCUGCUCGCCUGGGGCAAGAACUACAACAAUGUGCUGGGCUUGGGCGUGGAGACUCGGGAACGCGUCUUUCCCGGCCUCGUGCCUUUUUUCAGCAGACAUGGUGUCUUCGAGGUCAGUUGCGGGACUAACAACUCUGCUGUCUUGGUCAAACGCGCGCAGCAGUCAGGCGGCAAAGUCUACACCUUUGGCUUGGGCAACCGGGGCCGUCUGGGGUAUCCGAAGAGCAAGGCGGAAGGCGGUGCUCGGCAACAAGGAGACGACGCGGGAGACGGCCAAGAAGACGGGCCUUCCUGGUUCACUCCCAAACCUGCACGAGUCCGAUUUCGCGACAAAUGCAAGAUCGCGCGGAUCUCCUGCGGUGCGGACCACACUCUUGCGCUGUCCGACGGGGGCGCCCUGUAUGCGUGGGGAGUCGGGUCUUACGGAAAUCUUGGACAGGGAGACACGUCCGACGCGUACAGUCCGGUCAGGGUCCUUUUGGGCUCUGAAAAAGGAUCAGGGAAAAAGAAGGAAAACCUGGGAAUAGGAAGACGCGGGACGGAUCCCGUCGUCGUCACCUGCUGUGCAGCAGGCGCGAAGCACAGCAUGGCCUGCACGAGCGACGGGACUCUCUGGACUUGGGGCCAUGGCGGAAAUGGACGGCUCGGACUCGGACACAACAGGGGCAGUCUGUCUCCGGCAGUAGUGGACUACAUCCUGGAUCGAGACGUCGUCUUUGUGAGCGCUGGAGACUCACACAGUGCAUGCAUUGACCGACAAGGCGUGUUAUACACGUGGGGGAGCGGCGGCUUUGGGCGUCUCGGCCAUGGCGACCAAGGCGAGAUUCCCGUCCCAAGGAAAGUGGAAGGGUUCGGUGGAGUCCCCGUUCUUCAGGUUGCUUGCGGCACAUUCCAUACCCUCGCGUUGACUCACAAGGGGACGGUUUUCGCCUGGGGCGCGGGCCUGGCACUCGGGCUGGGGGAAGGCGAAGACGGCGGCGGCGGCAUGGUGACGGUUCCAAAGCACCUGAGCGAUAUCGAGGUGGCCGUGCUGAAUGUCGCAGCGGGUCCGUACCAUUCUGCAGCAGUUACUGUGGGCGGGGAUCUCCUCGUUUGGGGCGUGGGCGGCUCUUCCAGGCUCGGCCAUGGCGACCAACAAAACCAGCCCUUCCCAAAGUACGUGGCAGACUUGCGGAACCGCAUGUACGUCGCGGAUCUUCAGUCCAUGCUCGGCGUCAGUCGCCUCAGACGCGACUAUUCAGAUUUCGACGUGUUGGGCGAGUCGGCAGGCGGCGCAGGCGCGAAUGCAGCGGCCUGGACCCUCCAGAGUUUAGGCUGCGGGGAGAACCACACCGUUGCCCUCACAGGCACUGGCGCUGUCUGGGUCUGGGGGUCCAACGACGAGGGACAGCUGGGCCUUGGCGAACAAGUCGAAGAGGACCAGUACGAGCCGGUGAAGCUCGACUGCUUCAGCACACCCAUUCGCAGGAUCGCGUGCGGAAGCAAACACUGUCUUGCCGUUGCGCAGUAUGGCGACGUUUUCGCAUGGGGCGCAAACGACGACGGCCAGCUGGGACUUGGAGUCUUGAGGCCCUCGUUCGAGCCGGCUGCCGUUACCGCCCUCCGGCAAGCUAUCGACGUCUUUUGUGGGGAUGACUACAGCGCAUGCAUCACAAGCAAUGGCGGCGCACAGACUGUCUCCCUCGCCCUCGAAUCCGGAACGGAGUUCGGCGACCUUUGGACGUGGGGCGCAGCAGAGAGCGGGAAGCUCGGCCUCGGCGAAGACGUCGCGUCUGGGUCCAUUCUCACUCCGCAAAAGGUUCCUUUCUCGGUCCCCGUCUGCGCAUGCUCGUUAGGAACGAGCCAUGCCCUCGCUAUAACAGCUCGAGGCGAAUGCUAUGCGUGGGGCGCUGGCUACUACGGCCGUCUAGGAAUCGGAACCACGGCGAAUGCGUACGCACCGACAAAAUGCGAUUUUCCCAAAGGUGUCCGGAUCAGAAGCGUGGCUGCGGGUGCGAGUCACUCGCUGGCGCUGUCUAUGGACGGAGACCUGUGGAUCUGGGGAAAGAAGGAAGACACCUGCAGCACGACAAACUACAAUUCGCCCAGGAUCUUCAUGCAACUCGAGAGUCCGUCAGGAGUGCCGAAGGUUAAAAGCAUUGCCGCAGCCGAACACCACAGCCUCGCAGUAACCGAAACCGGAGAGGUGUUUGCCUGGGGCGACAACAAACUUUACCAAACCGGGUGUGGAAAGAGGCAAGCGGAGCGUCUCGAUCGACCUGAAAUGAUCGCGGGUCUUCCGAACGUUUGUCAGUGGGUUGCCACGGGGCCCCAGGCGUCGUUCUUCGUCCUGUGCUCUGGCGAGGUCUACGCCGCUGGCGUCAUCAACGGCGGCCGUCUCGGAACGGGCUGGUCGAAGCGCAAGUACCAGUUUGCGCCGGCAGCAGUCCUCACGCACUGGGCAGAUUUCGGAGACAUUGCGUUCCAGAAUGGAGACGAAGGAUUUUCCCUCGGUUUCGGAAACGGAGAACUUCUCCCUGCGAGCGGCGCCGCAGGCGACGAACUCGCGAAGUCCAAUCAAGAGCUUUCGGAGAAGACCAUCCAAACCUUUCUGUCAAGGUUGACGCUGGCGAGUUUCGAGAUGGGGGCAAGCCAAGCCCAGGGCGCGUACGGCGUGGGCGGAGGCGUAAGCUGGCGAGACAUGCAAGACCUGAUUCAGCAGGAGGAGUUCGACAACCGCGUCGAACAAAUCGAGCAGUUAGAAGAUGACGUCAUUCUCGUCCUCGGCAGAGAGCUGGACUUUGUGCUCAGCCUGGGAGAGAGAGAAAAAGAACUCGAACAACUCGAGGGGACAUUCCAAAACCAGGCUCUCGCCAUCGUUGGGAAGGUUGACUUCGACUACCCCAGAAUUAUGCUGAAGCGCGCGUUAACCGCCAUUUUGACAAAACUCGACGAAUUUCAGCAGAUGGUGUGGACGCUCCAGCAGCAACCUGCGUACUUGCUGAGACUCUUUGGAGCCAUCAACCGGCCCUGGCAGCUCGAGGCGGUGACGGAGCUAGCCGAAAAGGUCUACCUCGAGAUUGAAGACGACCGCGUGAAGCAUUUGCUGGCCGCUUUAAUGCGCGGACUGGCAAAACAGGAGGCGGAGAAAGCAGACUCUCUCUUCACUUGCUUCCACGCAGAGACUUCGGCCCUCCUUCGACUUCUCCGCGCCUUCUGCCUGCGCGACUUGAACCUUCUCCACAUCGCCCACUUCCUGUUCCAAACGACGAAUCCCAGUUCGCUUCCGUCUUUGCUCGGCACUCUCGAGAGUGUUACCUUCUCGCUCUCUCCGGAGGAAGUUAUGGCCAAGAACGGUGUUGCAGCGAGUUCUCUUUCGUCGAAGGCGUCAAAAGAUGAAAUUCGUCGCGAGUUCCACAAGGGUUUGGACACGAUGAAGACGUUCUUGAUUUCUGGCCUCGGAGGCGGCUUCGCGAACAUCGCACUGCCUCCAGUCAUUCGCGCGGUGUUGCAGUACGCCACACACAGCGUGUAUGACCGCGGUUUCCUCGUCGACUACGACUGGCUUAAAUACGGAAUGGAUUUCUGCUACACUCUCCCCGCCGUCAAGCUCUUCCUCCACGCACUCAUCAUCCCCGUGUUCCAGGCUCCCAAUGCCUACGCAAAUCGCUGUGGAUGCCCCUCGAUGGCGCCUCACGUGGUGGAGAAGUUUCGAGCAUGCGCUCGGUUUCUCGAGUUCUGCUCGAAGCCGACGGGGACCAACGAGGGCGAGGAUAAGAUGUCGAGCGCAAUGAUGAUUCGCGCCAUCGGAAUGGAAGUCUGGGCCGCCGUCGCCCAGGCCGUUCGCUUCCAGGCGGAUAUUCGAGACACACUCGAUGUAGAUCUGACGCUGGACCUCUUUCGAGCACCCUACGACUUGAGUGAUCACUACGUGACGCUUCGAUCGGAAAUGCUCUGCACUGCGACAAAUCUGUGCAGGAAGUUCGAGCCGCAGUUGAACAUGUCUGCGCACGACCCCCUCGCUGCUCUCGUGCGGAGGAUCGCUGAUGGGCGGAAUCCGCCAUUCGACGCUGACCAACUGGAACACUGCCGCCAGGAGGAAACUUGGCAUACGUUCCGGAUGAACCACCGAUUCUUGAUCACGGAGAAGAACAUCGUCUUCGAUCCUAUUACACAUGCCCCAGUUCCCCAGAUGUUCUCGUUGAGACAGCACGCCCACAUCAAGGAGAAUCACCGUCUCCUGUCGAUUAUCAUUCGGUACACUCCGCCGGAAGCGUACGACCCUCGCUUCGUCCUACAAGAGGCGAUAAGGAAGUUGCCGCCAGUGCUGACGGCUCGGGAUUGGCGGAAGUUGCACAGCGAAAUGGAAGCGCUCGCUGAGCACUUUGCUGCAUGCGAUCCCCCCGACUACGACCGCUGCAAAAUGACGGAGCACGCGGCGCGAGUCAUCGACGACAUGGUGCAGAACAACAUUGACCAGCUUGCCGUCAUGCAAUGGAUAGCCGAGGACAUUCUCGACCGGAAACAACACCGGAGUUACAUGCGGCACGUCUUGCGGAGACAGGAGGAGCUUUCGGCCAUGAAACGGAAGUACGAGGCAUCCCUGAAGAAGAGAGUCGAAGACGUGAAAGAGGCCAUAGACGCCAUGGAGUCUCUCCAGUAUCCCGGGCCCCUCCUGGUCCAAGCCAAGAGAAUGAACGUGCAGCUCUGGUUCAAUUCCAUCCGCGAGAAAAUGAGCAGAUCCAAAAAGAACAAGACCACGUCGGGCUAUUGCCCGUCUGCAACUUUCAAAUAUGCGGUCCUUUUCGACCGUGAGAUCAUCUCGAAGUUGUCUCCGAGCGUGACUCCAGAUGUGAUGGUGAAUUUGUACGUUACCUUCACACUACGGAAAGACCAUUCGUGGCAGGUUGUCUUUACUCACCGCGUCCACAAAGUCGAGCAACUGGUCGCCGAUUUUGUAAUUGCCAAAGAAGAGCUCCUCCACAUCCGCAGGCUGCCGCCACAGGCGACCUACGGCUUCCUCAAGUCUCCAUCAGACCCGGACGGGUUUGUAGAAGUGAACGUUCUUCCGUUCCUUCAGGCCCUAGACCAAGUCGGGGGACAGGAAUGCUAG